UCCGCUCCCCCCCGGCCAGCUGCCGGCCCACCGAGUCCGAUGGCGGCAGCCGCGCCCAGGGACUCGGCUGAGUGUGGUGUGACCUUUGAGGACGUGGCCGUGUACUUCUCCUGGAAGGAGUGGAGGCUUCUUGAUGAGGCUCAGAGACGGCUGUACCACCAUGUGAUGCUGGAGAACUUUGCACUUGUGUCGUCACUGGGUUGCUGCUGUGGAGAAGAGGAUGAGGAGGCCCCCUUUGCACAGAGCGCUUCUGUAGGCAUGUCCCAGACCCGGACACCCAGGGCCGCUCCGUCUUUCCGGAAGACCCACCCCUGUGAGAUGUGUGGUCCCGUCUUGAGAGAUAUUUUCCACUUGGCUGAGCUCCAGGGGAAAGAAAACAGACAGAAACAGUUGAGUUGUGGGGCUUGCAGGAAACGAUUUUCUUUCAGUGUGAAGUUGGAGCAGCAGCAGCAGCAGGAGCAGCCCGCGGGAGCAAAACCAUUCAGAAGCCGUGUGGACAGGGCCUCUGCUGUCAAGAGCUGGGGAUCCGGUGGUUCGGGAAAGCCCUUUACCUGUGGAGAGGUGGAGAAGGACUUGCUGUCUGGCUCGGGGCAUCUGGGGCAAGAGGCCACUCGUACUGGGGAGAAACCACAUAUGAUCCCCCAGUGCAGGGCAACGUUACAAUGUGAAAGCAGUCGUGGUGCUUGGGGAGGAUGCGAGAACGCCUUUGGUCCCAAACACACAGAUACACGGGACCAGGGUGUUCACCUUGGAGGACAGUCCUUUGUGUGCAAUGAAUGUGAGAAAACUUUCAGCACUCAUACUGCUCUCCAUUAUCACCACAGAGUUCACACUGGAGAAAGGCCUUAUGAGUGCAGUGAAUGUGGCAAGUCCUUUACCCGAAGACAUAGACUCAACAUGCACCUAAAGGUUCACUCAGGUGAAAGGCCUUAUGAGUGUAAUGAAUGUGGGAAAUCUUUUAUUUGUAGGUAUGAACUCCAGUAUCAUUAUAGAAGUCACUCUGGAGAAAAACCUUUUGAGUGCAGUGAAUGUGGGAAGUCUUUUACCUAUCGCUCUGCCCUUAGUUAUCAUCAGAGAUCCCACAGAGGAGAAAGGCCUUAUGAAUGCAGUGAAUGUGGGAAAUCUUUCACUUCUAGUUCUGCACUCCGGUAUCAUCACAGAGGUCACACAGGAGAAAGACCUUAUGAAUGCAGUGAAUGUGGGAAAUCCUUUCGACAAAAACAUUCCCUCUCAAUACACCAGAAAAUUCAUAGUAGAGGAAACCCUUACAAAUGCAACAAAUGUGGGAAAUCUUUUUCUUGUAGUUCCAGUUUCCAUUAUCAUGAGAGAAUUCACACAGGAGAAAGGCCUUAUGAAUGCAAUGAGUGUGGAAAAUCUUUUAUAAGUAGUACUGCCCUCCAUUAUCAUCAGAGAGUUCACACUGGAGAAAGGCCUCAUGAGUGCAGUGAAUGUGGGAAAUCUUUCAGCACUCAUAGUGCUCUUCAGUAUCAUCGCAGAGUUCACACUGGAGAAAGGCCUCAUGAGUGCAAUGAAUGUGGCAAGUCCUUUACCCGAAGAAAUAGCCUCAAUAUGCACCUAAGGGUUCAUUCAGGUGAAAGGUUUUAUGAGUGUAAUGAAUGUGGGAAAUCUUUUAUUUGUAGGUAUGAACUCCAGUAUCAUUAUAGGGUUCAUUCUGGAGAAAAACCUUUUGAGUGCAGUGAAUGUGGGAAGUCUUUUACCUCUCGCUCUGCCCUUAGUUAUCAUCAGAGAUCCCACAGAGGAGAAAGGCCUUAUGAAUGCAGUGAAUGUGGGAAAUCUUUCACUUCUAGCUCUGCACUCCGGUAUCAUCACAGAGGUCACACAGGAGAAAGACCUUACGAAUGCAGUGAAUGUGGGAAAUCCUUUCGACAAAAACAUUCCCUCUCAAUACACCAGAGAAUUCAUAAUGGAGGAAACCCUUACAAAUGCAACAAAUGUGGGAAAUCUUUUACUUUUAGUUCCAGCUUCCAUUAUCAUCAGAGAAUUCACACAGGAGAGAGGCCUUAUGAAUGCAGUGAGUGUGGAAAAUCUUUUAUAAGUAGUACUGCCCUCCAUUAUCAUCAGAGAGUUCACACUGGAGAAAGGCCUCAUGAGUGCAGGGAAUGUGGGAAAUCUUUUAUCACUCGUACUGCUCUCUCUUACCAUCACAGGGUUCACACUGGAGAACGACCUUAUGAGUGCAGUGAAUGUGGGAAAUCGUUUAGGGGAAAAUCUAACCUCUCUCAACAUUGGAGAGUUCACACUAGAGAAAGGCAUGGUUCUAUAAUGAAUAUGCAAUUUCCUUAUUCAGCAUAAUGCCACUGGUGAAAACUCUUUGAGGAGCCUUUUGCCUGAUUUGAAUCUUUUACUGUGGGGAAGUUUCUUAAAUUUAUGUUGGAAGUAUGUGUGGCCAUGUCGCAUUUUCUAAAUUGUCCAGAGAGCUCUCUAGAUUUAUGUAACUGACAGUUCUGUGACCCUUUCACCUCUGCCAACUGGUAGGUCCGCACAGUGCACAUCAGUCUUCACCCCAGUGUACUCAGAGAAGCUGACCUCUCUUCUCAUGAACUGGAGCAGAUUAGCAGUAACUUGAGGUCUUUUGGGGGUCAGCUUUCCCUCCUUGAAUACCUUCAUGUCAUGGACUUGCAGCAGUGAUGACCCAGAGAACAUCAUGAGUUUGGCCGGCAGCUUACAGAGAAUGGCUACCUUUUUUCAGGAACAUGUUGAUCGCAUGUGAUACUUGUGAUGAGUUUUUCCAGCUUCCAAGUCACAAACUAGAGAACUGUCUUCUCCACAUUGAUUUGGAUAAAAUGAUAAUCAAGGCCUUACUGUUUAAGUCUUUAAUCAUGAAUGUUCUACUUACUGUGUGGAGUAGUGUAUAAAUAGAUUUGGGCUCAACAAGCAUCAAAUGGUAAACUUCAAAGAGUCUCAAACUAGCUGUGCUUGAGGAGGAAGUGGAGGAUGGCAGGAAAUAGCUUGCCAGUUUUGUUUUGUUUUAAAGUAAACUCUUGUGUCCAACUUGGG